AUGUUCAACUUAUAUUCGACGCCAGACCUCAAAGCGGUUGCGGACGAGACGGUUCCGUACAUAAUGGACAAGCUGGGGUUCCAGCAGAACUACACAUUUGAAAUUGUCCGGCUGGUGUUCAGCUAUCUUGCCGUUGCGGCCGCGGGAUUCACAUUUUGGAUCGAGAAGAAGAAAGGAUGGGAGGGUGCCUACCCGGUGAUUGCUGCGUUGGUUAUUUUUUACUUUUCUAUGCUCUCUGUGGCAUUUGUGUGGCAAAAAUUCGUCGAGCGUCGCGCCAUUUACAUAGGCACAGCUGGCGAGGAAACAGUGUACCUUCGAUCGGCUGCUCCUAAGAAUACUGGAACCUACAAGCUUGAAUGCGAGACAAAGUCAGGCGCAAAGGUAUCUAAGGUUUUACAGUUCAACGAGUUUAUCGACUUUAGUGGCCGGGUGGCUCAUCACAAACUCCAGCCUAUUCUUGCCGAGCUCGUCAAGGCCAAAAAUGAGUAG